ACAUAUUUUUUGUUGAUUCCAUUCACCACUACAGAUGUUUACCCAACCAUAUAAUGGCUUCCGCGUCUGAGAACCACAGUAAAUAUGAAAAGGGUCCAUUGGUUUUCUUUUACUGGCAAAGAUUUUUUCAGCACAAACAAUCUACCAGCAAAGAAAGUCAUUGUGUGAACGUGGAACUAUCAGUCUUCCACAUGCUGUGACUGCAGGUCGUCUCGUGAGUUACCUAACCAGCAUCUCUGAGCUCAUGGAGAGAUACAAUCACCACAUGACCGACCCCACAGUAUGACCCCUGGGCCUAAAGACGUUUGCCAAAUCCACAGACCGUCUUAAUCCUGUUGAUGGAUUAGAGUGAUAUUCUGAUCCUACACCGGUGAGACGGACCGACGUAAGUUCAUUUGCUCAACCAAUCAGAAUGAGCAGCAGUCGGUUAAUGCCACUGUGUACGUGUACUUGUGUGAGUUCUGACUCGUACUCGCAUCCAUUCAAGGAGGACAAGACUUGGACAUCAUCCUGAACCCUCCAAAAUACAUUUCAUCCAGAUACCUGUUCAACAAUCUUCCAGGAUGUUCUCUCAAUAUAAAAUCAUCUUGUUGAUGAACUGCCUGCUACUCCUGACUGUGAUGUUUCCUGCGGUCCAGUCACGUCGGGGCGGGGGCUUUGGGCGUGGGGGAGGCCGAGGUGGAGGAUGGGGUGGAAGCAGCUCCGGUCGCACAGGAUGGGGAGGAGGUGGUGGACAUUACCGUGCACCACCAGUCCAUACUGGAGGCUCCUCGGGACACAGUGCUGGGAAGGUAGCAGGGGCAGCCGCUGCCGGAGCUCUAGGGGGAAUGCUGGUCGGACAUGGCUUGAGCUCCUUGGCCCGACCUGGAUAUGGGUACGGGCAUGGCUAUGGAGGUUAUGGAGGCUAUGGUGCAGGGUAUGGGCACGGCCACGGCCACGGUCACGGACAUGGACAUGGACACGAAGGACAUGGUGGUGAGCAUUCAGGAGAUCAUGUUCACAACGAGACAGAUGUGGAUUAUUACACAGAUGCUGCCAGUUCUGGACCUAUUUAUAGCUGCGUGACAGUUUUUGGACUCGUGAUGUCAUUCUUAUUUGGGUACAUUCUGUCAUAAAGGACACUUUGGCACUUGGCAUGGGUCAGUCUUGGGCACUUUCUUGCAUCUGUCAAUUCUUUCAAUACAAAAACAAUCUAACAAAAUAAAAGCAUUUUAAAGCAUUCAAACACUAAGAAAAAUGAAGAGCAAUUAAACCACUAUCAAGGAUUUCAUCACACCUGAGGCCUAUGUUCAUGAUCUCUGCCCAAGUUUUGUGUUAAACUGACAGCUGGAAAAUAAAGGUUACAUUUGCUUGAUUGGCAUUUUGAACAUAUAGACUUUUAAAUAGCUUCCAAUGUUUCUGUGGGUUUUUUUUUUUUUUUUUUUUUUUUUUUAGCUCUGAAGCGAGAGUUAUGAUGAGCAUAUGCCUGUAAUUUUUUUUUCUUCAGAUUGAUGGUUUUUAUAAAUGAAUAAGGUAGAUUUUUUUCAUGAUUUAGUUCAUCUGAAUAAUGGAGUUUUUUAUCAUUUAAAAUAUAUGAUGUUUGUAUGAUGAAGGCAUGUAGUUUAUCUUCUAAAGAGAUCUGCAGAGCAUAAUUUAUAUAUAUAUAUUUCCUUUAUAUUUACACAAAUGUGCAUUGAUUGUUCUCUACUGAACCGUUUCAACCUUCACAAUGAUUGAAGUAAUCUGUUUGUUCCUUCCAUUUACGUCAGCGAACAUUCAAAAUAAAACAAGGCUUAUGGUAAAAUCACGUUAAACCAUAAUAAGCUUGACGAAGUGUGCCGAGUCAAGAGCAAAUCUUGUUAAAGGGCUCGGGCGCUCUCUAUCUCACUUCCCCGAGGUCUUUAACAAGCAGCUGAUUGUCUUAAACAGAAAAGAUUCCAUUGCUUUCGCUUGUACACCUUCUUAGAUCUGUUUAUCAGUAUGUAUAUUAUUUUUGUACUGCUAAUAUAAAAUAAAUAUACUUCCUAAAAUA